AUGAGUCAAGAAGUUAUAAAACCACAGUGUAAAGUGUGCUCCAAGUUUCAUUUUGGUGAGUGCAGAUAUAAGGGGAAGCCUAAGUGCUAUAACUGUGAUAGAUUUGGUCACUUGGCUAGAGAAUGUACUUCAGGUAAGAUAGUGCAAAAGGCAAACUGUGAUAGCCAAAUGGAGGUGACAGGGAACCUAUUCUAUGCAAAUAGUGCAAUAACUGAGGCAAAGAUAAAUGGAGAGUGGUACAUUGACAGUGGUUGUAGCAAUCACAUGGCUAGAAAUGUGGAGCUCCUUGUUGAUAUAAGGACAAAUGUUGCAGAAAAGGUUCAAAUGCCAAUAGGUGCACUUGUGGAUGUAGCUAGUAUGGGUUCACUCGUUAUGGACACAAAUAGAGGCAGAAAAUUCAUCAGAGAAGUGAUGUAUCUUCCAGAUUUGAAUUAUGGGCGUUCUAUUCUAGAAGAUAUAACAUAA